AUCCCCUCCUCCCGUACUUCUCGCACCCGACCCGCCCUGUAAUAAUUUUUCUCAGCGGUGCCCUAUCCAUGUAAAAAUAUUAAGUUUUAUUGUUUUCAAGUGUUCUUAACACUUUUUUUUCUUCAAUUGUGUGUUUUUACAAUGGAUAAAUGUGGAGAAUGUUUGAUACCGGCUGAGCAAUUAUUCGAGACGGGCAAAGAUGGAGUUUAUGCAUGUUUCAAAUGUCAACCCUUAGUACCUGAAGUGUCCAUUGGAGAAAGCAGUACAGAACAACACAAUACAUCACAGUCCACAAAUGAUGAGGGUGUCGACUCCUCAUUGUUCUGUGGUAUAUGUCAAAAAUCGUUUCAGAAGAAUGCACAGUUGCAGAACCACUUACGUCACCAUCGUGCCGAGAGACGAUUCGUCUGUGCCUUCUGUAAUAAAGCGUUUUCCCAGUCAAAUAAUUUGAGGGCGCAUCUUCGUAUCCACACAAAUGAGAGGCCGUUCAAAUGUAGCGAAUGCGGGAAGGCUUUUACACAGUUAACAAAUCUGAAUAACCACGUGAGACUUCACACCGGCGAGCGUCCCUUCGUGUGUCCCGAGCCUGGCUGCGAUAAAGCGUACGCACAGGUGACGAACUUGAACCAGCAUCGGAAACGUCACUUGAGCGGGCGGCCCGUGGAGUCCACGUACGACUGCACCGUGUGCGGCGAGUCCUUCCAGCAACGGAAUCAGAUGUACACUCACAGACGUGAAGUUCACGGGGAAUUGAAGAGUCCGAUGCGCGUCGCCAAUCAGCGGCGAGCUUGCACGCUGUGCGACAUGACGUUCCCCAACGAGCGCCUGCUGCUGCAGCACGCGGCGCAGCACCUCGCCCCGCACCUCGCCCCGCACCCCGCCCCGCACCGCGGCGCCGACGACGUCGAUGACAACAAGUGCCUCUACCCGUGCGUGUUCUCGUCGUGCUCGGCGCGCCUGCCCUCCCCGCGCGCGCACACCGAGCACCUGCUGGCCGCGCACCAGCUGCGCGUGCUCGCCGCGCACGACGCGCGCCCGCCGCGCCGGGGACGCCCGCCCAAGAUGUUGAAAGAAGACCCCUUGGACCUGAAAGACAACACCCAAUUUCACGAGGUGACGAUAAUCAAACAUUCGCAGCGGCAGUUGCCCAAACUGAAAGUGCAGAGUUUAUUCCAAUGAGAUGGAUUCGGUUGUGCGUUCACAUCGGCACGGAGGAAGUCCUCGUGUCUCGUGUAGGUCCAACUAAUGAAAUAAAAUUAUAAUCAACUCGUAUUUCGAAGGCACAAAGCUUAUUAUCCAAUAGCCGUUACAAUCUCAAUGAUUCUUUCGAUGGAAUAAAAAAAAAUAGAACUGUAUUUUGUAUAUAGUUCAGCAAAUGCAUUGAUUUAUUUUAGAACAUAGAUUGUGAUCUGUGCCUUCGUUAUAGCGAAACUUAGUUUUUAAAUAACACGCUUUGUAUUAUUGCAUAGUGCUUUGUAAAGACACGCACACAGCGGAAUGUUUCAUGAUAUGGUGCAGAAGUGUGACGUCACAGAGAUCUAUUAAAACGAAUUUUUAGUGUAAAAUUGUUACGUUAUUAGUAUGGCAACUUGUACAUGUGCAGAGAAAAUGUGUUGCCAUAAACGAGUUAAUAUUAGUCUGUGACUUUGAGAUACUUAAAAAAAAUUUUUUUUACACACUGUCGGAUUAUUUAUUAGAAGUGCUUUCAGACCGCGCUUUAUAAAGUCAAAUUCAAAAGACGUUAAUAAGUGUAUAAUUAUUUUUAAAGCUUAAUUUAUUUAACUUAAAAAAAAUAUGUGCAGUACCCAUGAGGUAUAUGGGAUACCUUCUAUAUGUAUAGGGGAGUAUCCUAUCUCAGUCUCUUGUUGGCUAAAUAUUUAUAGAUUGUAUAUGUUUGUCUCUUUUUAGAAUCGCUCUUUCGUUUCAUCAAGUAUCAGAACACAACGGUGCUAGAAGUUAUCACUUCAAAAAUCUGAAAUAAGUAUUUGCCGAAGUAAAAUACUUUGUAAUGACAUCCCUAUUGCUUGCGACAUGUUAAAAUCUUAUACAUGCAUUCUAACCUCGGAGGCAAUUUUAUUUCACCGCCAUUAUAAAUCGUGAUUUAUUUUUACAAAUGAGUCAAGUUGGUCUGCUGGAUCAGUCAUAAACACUUCAUGUUAUCAUUUUGUUAGUUUAAGAGAAGAUUAUAUGUAUUAUAAAUUAUAAAGCUGAAUAGUUUGUUUGAACGCGCUAAUCUCAGGAACUACUGGUCCGAUUUCUCCGAUUCUUUCAGUAUUAGAUAGUCCAUUUAUUGAGUAAGGAAUCACGCUAAGACCAAUACAAGUGGAGUACCAAUAAAGAAUGUUUCAAAAACGGGUUUUUUCCGUUUUGAGAGCUUCCGCUGCAGAAACGGUUAAAGUUUCGCUAAAAUAAUGUAUGACUGAAUUGUUCCCCUUGAAAAGAUCUAAAAAAGUCCGCGACAGCAUAUUAUUUUACUAUUUUCAUCUCUAUGACGUCACUACCUGUACCUCCUUCCGCUCGAUGAGACAAACGGGAUCGUUGAAAUGAUUUUUUUUUGAUGAUAAAAUUAAUUAAAUAUCAUACAAAUUGAAGAAGAAAAAAAAAAACACUAAAUUGGAACGUGUGAAACAAAGAAAAAAAGUAUUGAAAGUAAAACGGUGAUCUCUGAAAGUGGAUUCUCUUACUCGAAUAUUUUCGAUUUUCGUUUCUAAAAAGAGUUAUUUAUAUUGUAAAAUAGAGAGUCUACAAAUAUACAUAUUAUUAUACAUAUAUAUAUAAAAUUAUAUUUAUAAGUGAUAUUAGUUUUAAGUGCAAUUUUAUUUUGUUUAUAAGGUAAGAUCGCGUUGACAUUGUGGUUGUAUUCGCUGGUUUGUACUUUAGGAUAAAAUGUUUAUCAAUUUUCGGUUUUUGUUUUUAAAGGAAUCGAAUUUAAUUUAAAAUCCGUUCGGUGUGACGUCUCUCAUUCACCACAAUAGCCACAUGUGACGUCAAGUCAUUAAUAUUCCACAUAUGAAGCGAUGGAAGGUUGGUUUGUUACUAAUGGACUAGUAAUAAAUGAAUAAAUCGAAUUCUUCAGCGAAUACAGUCAUAGUGAAAAUGUAAUUAAUAAAGUCCACAAUGAAAUAUUUCUUUUCUGCUAAUAUCAAGGAUAGAUAUGGCUUUAUUGAUCUUAGGGCGUAUUGGGAGCGCCAGUUCGAACACCCUGCCGACUACUGCCGCGCAGCAAUCUUUCGAACCAGUUUGAAGGAUGGGGGAUAAAAGCUGUUAUACUAUACUAAGCUAUGUCUCUUUAUUCUAUAUUACCGGGCUUUAAUCUACCUUUAAACAUUAUAUGUUUUAUUAUAAAAAAAAAGUGCGUGCGUACAAAUUACACAUGUCAGAAGUGAAACUUUUUUGGCGAACUAAUUUAUAAGUCUUGCUUAUAUUUAUACAAAUCUAAAACUUUAGAUUUCCGAGACUCCGAGGAAAGGAUAAAGGAAGAUAUGUUCCCGCCAAAAGUCUGUCAAAUGUCAAUCUCAAACCUCAGUGUUGACAGUCACAUUAUGUUUAGAUUUCUAAAUUGUAAAUGACUAAUAUUUUGCCAAUUGAAUUGACUAAUUUAA